UAACAGUCGGCGUCGACUCCUCGCGUCACUUUGACAGCAACUUUCUCGGGCUACUUUCAAGAGUACUCACUUAGGCUACGGCCAAUAUACAACCGUAUGUUGGUGGUGUAAUAACGAACAGUGGAACUUUUCCUCCAACGAUGGGAACGGUUAAAUGAGUGGCGCUGGCCGGCCGGCCGGCGGAGAGGAAGACUGGCGAGCGGCUCGCAAAGCGGAAAUGCUGCCUUAGCAAGCCCUCGUCGCGUCUCGUCGCGUCGCCUCGCACUUUGAACUACUUUGGGCUUUCGUUUCUCGAGUGAGUGGCCACUUUAUUUAAGGGGGAAAAAGUGCUUUGAUGCGGCCGAGUUGGAGACGAGAUUUUUGUCCUCGUCAAUGACGUGGAAUAACACCAUGAGCAGUGGCUACAGCAGUUUGGAGGACGACUCCGAGGAAUACUUUUUCACGGCCAGGACUUCCUUUUUCAACAAACCUUUGGGCAAAGUCACAGAGAGCAAGGAUGUGGACAAGGAGAGCAAGCUGCGCACCGAGUUCAGUCGCGAGGAAAUCAGGCAGAAGAUCGAGCAGUACAACACCAAGACCAGAGACCACCUCAAAAUGACCCUGGGUUCCAACGGCGUGUACACGGGCUUCGUCAAGGUCCAGAUGGACCUGCGGAGGCCCGUGACGGUGCGCGCCGGCCGGAGGGUCACCUCGGCGGCGGCGGUGGCGGGCGAGGCCUUCUACCUGCCGCGGGGGGUCAGCAACACCCUGCACAUCAGCUCGCACAACACCGUCAGACAGGUGAUCGUGGCCUUGCUCAAUAAAUUCACCGUAGCAGACAACCCGGCAAAGUACGCCCUCUACAAACGCUAUCGGCGCGAGGAGCAGGUGUACGUGUGUAAACUGUCGGACGGGGAGCAGCCGCUGUUUCUCCGUCUGGUGGCGGGACCCGACGACGACACGCUGGGCUUUGUCCUGCGCGAGCAGCAAACCGGAGAAGUCUUGUGGGACGCCUUCUCCGUUCCGGAGCUGCGCAACUUCUUGCGCAUCCUGGACAAGGAGGAGGAGGAGCAGAAGGGGGCGCUGCUCCGCCGCUACGACGUCUACCGCCACAGGCUGAAGGAGGCGCUGAGGGAAGUGCGUGCGUGCAGCGGAGCGGCCCAGUAAGACUUGAACAGCGCCAGAGGGCCUUUUUCUUUUUUUUCGGCUUUGGUGUUGAUAACGUGGCAAAGGAGAGCCCACUGGACCUUUUGAACUGAUAUGCCUGCCUGCCACAAAAGACUCAUUGAAUUCCCUCACUACAGUCUGUACAGAUUUUGCUUUCUUAAUUUAUAUGGGUGGAGCUUUUUUUUUUUUUUUUUUUUUAAAAGAGUUGAGCGGCAAAACAAUCACAAUGCAGACAAGAGAAGAAAAACGCAAGGAAGUUACGCUAGGAAGAUGAGAAAGUUGGAUUCGCCGGAUCCCGUGGAAGGACCUGGAGCGCUUUCAGGAAGUAAACCAUGCAAAGAAGAGGAAGUAGAAUAGAAAUGUAACCAAGUAGAGGAAGAAAAAGAGACUGAGGCGGGCGGGCGGGCCCAUAGCGUUUGGGAGCGCCGUCUGGCAAGCGAGCGUUGGGUGGUUUCAAGUGACCAGCAGGAUGGGGAAUUGUGGUGAACAGGAAAGAAACAUUUGUCACAAAAUUCAGUCAAAUAGUAGUAGUUUGAACCUAAAAUGUGCUACAAUCUUUUACUUUUUUUUCAUUUUGGAUUCAUCCUGAAAUUUUGAUACAUGAGCACGAGGAGGCAAAUGAUUUGUUACGACAAACAGUUGCUUUUUUCUUCUUUUUUUUGUAGUACACGCCAGCUAAUUCCGUGACAGCAUAAUGUCUAGUCAAAUAGCACCUUCUAGUGGAAAAAAGCCGCAACUACUAUCCAACUUGAGUCUCCUAUUUGUAUUUUCCUUAUUCUCGCGCGAUAUAACCAAAGAUGGAUUUGUGGUGUUGCCUGGUGCAAAAACAAAAAGUAGAUGCAGAAUAUAUCGAGUAGAGAUUUAUUUAAAUGAUUUUUAUGUCUAAUAAACACUGGCUUUACACGGAAGCAUGGAAUGUUCAGAAGCAAAACUAAAGAGGGCAUUAUUUGAAAUAGUUACAAAAUCCAACAAAAUAGGGCAUUUUGGCGAUUUUCUUCAAUGAUGUAACGUUAAUUAAAAUGAAAAAAGUUGCAUGCUUCCGUACUUAAUUGGAACGUAUCCGUGAAGACACGUAUCACUUGUGUUGUUGUAAGCUGUUGCUCAGUUGUAUCAACUUAAAGGCUUGUCUUUAUUUUUUAGGGGCACUUUAAAUGACUUCAAUUCAGGGAUGACGGGUUAAUGAUGAUUUUUGUUUUGUACUUGAUCUUGGCUUUUUUUUUUUUCUUUGGCUUUCCUAUUUUGAGAGUAUACACUGAAUCAGUCAUGAUGUUAGCCUCAUGUAUGUGCAUGAUGUGUUACUAUGGCAACAUGUUAUCCAAAGGCCGGUUGAUGCACGGUCUUAAUGUUUUAGAACUGGGUGUUUGAGACCAACGUCACGUAUUUAGUCGUCCUCGUUCGAAUGGACGUUAAUCGAUUGCAGAUUUCCAAGCCUUGAAGCCAUAUUGAAGCGAGUAGUCCAGAAAACCUCAGCAGUGCCUUUCUGUUGUUUAAUAGCAAGUGGAGAUGGAAGAAAAUGGUUGUAUUUUGGUUGUAAUGGUCUCUUUCCGCAGCAGAGAGAAAGAACUGUGCAGCUAUUCAAAGUAACAUUUAUAAUAAAAGGCAAAGUUCA